UCACAUUUUAUGCGGAAAAUUUCAGAAUUUUAAACCGAGAUUAAUUUUUCUUUAUAUUUUACUAAUUGCACUUGUGUUUGUUAUCUACUGUUAUAACAAACGUUGAGAAGUCCUCUCCUCCUCCUCGUCAGUGAAUGUGAACUAGAACAAUCACAAAAUCAACCUCAUUGUCAUUGUAUCCUUUCAAACUCAAAGUGCUAGAGUACAGAACCAAAAUAACAAAAAUGUGUCACUGUCCAAUGAAUUAUGGUGCUCACUGUAUUUCUGUAAAUACAUUUUUUUGACGUUGUACAAUAUUAAAUUUGGGAGGAGGGCAGUUGGAGUCUGUUUCAUUGAUGGUCGCAAGAAAUCCGUUUGGAAUGAUUUAUUUUGUUAGAAAAUGAAAUGAAAUGAUGAAACUAAUAAUACCCCACAGAAAGUUAAUUGUGGAACUAUUUCGAGUAACUACACCGUACGUUAACACAGCUGUUUUCCAGUUAUCCAUGAUUAUAUUUGACGUUGGAGCCUAUUUAAAUCAUAGGUUUAACUAUGGGGUCGUGGUAGCCUAAAAUUUAUUUCUUUCGUACAAUAUUAUUUUUUUAACCCCAAAGCCGUUUAUAUAAGCAGGUAUUAACCAAUAUUUGUGGUUGAUUGUUGAGAUGCUGUCGGAGGCAGCCUCUGUGUCUUUAAGAAGCAGUUGGCCUCAGAUUGGAUGUUCUAGGUGUGCGUUGUGCACCAAUGAGAUGGAGGACUGUACAAAGAGAUCCACUGCCUCCCCCAGCCACAGCAGCGUAACCCUUACAAUGCUCAGAGCUGGGAGAGACGGCGUCGCGCGCACACCAACGGAUAUAAACAUUUAUACAUUGGACAUUUACGAAUGGAAUACUAGAUUUGAUUUAAAUGUGGGAUGCAUUUUCAAUUCCAACCGUUUAUUCCGGCAGAAAUAUGUUGGUGAGGAGUGCAUAACAACGCUUUAGGUUAUGACUAGGAAAACGACAUAUACAGGGGGGAGAUGGCAGGCGCUGUGGUGGUAUUAUUUCUUUCUCAUGUGGAGUACAAUAGAGGCACAGAUUCGCUACACCAUUCCAGAGGAACUAAAACAGGGCUCUGUUGUUGGAAAUGUCGCAAAGGACCUGGGCUUGGGAGCCUCAGAGAUUUCUGACCGCAAACUGCGGAUCGCCUCCGAGGGUAAGCAAUAUUUCAGUGUGGAUUUGGCGAAGGGACAAUUGAUAGUGAGCGAAAGAAUCGACAGAGAGACUCUAUGCGCUCAAAGCGCCAAUUGUUUGUUGCCAAUACAGCUGAUAAUUGAGGAUCCACUUCAAUUUUUCCGUGCUGAGGUUGAAAUUCAAGAUAUCAACGACAAUUCACCUCGCUUUCUUACGAACGAGCGGGUGCUGAAAAUAGCAGAGUCAACAGCGACGGGCGUGCGUUUCCCUUUGGAGAGCGCACUGGACCCAGACGUGGGCAGUAAUUCACUAAGGUCGUAUACACUAAGCAAAGACGAAUGUUUCAGUUUGAAAGUAAAAAAUCUCGAGGAUGGUAGAAAAGUCCCGGAGCUUGUGUUGGAGAAAUCUCUGGACAGAGAAAAACGGGCUGUCCACCACCUCUUACUGACUGCACUGGACGGAGGGAAUCCAGUCAGGUCAGGCACCUCUGAAAUCACCAUUUCAGUUCUUGAUAACAAUGAUAAUGUUCCAGAAUUUCAAAAGGCCCUGUAUAAAAUAGCAAUCAAGGAGGAUAGCCCGAAAGGUACUUCUGUUAUUAAAACUGAAGCAACGGACCUAGAUGAGGGCCCCAACGGAGAUGUAAACUAUUAUUUUGGGGAACAUACGUCAGACUCAGUGUAUUCAAUGUUUACGAUUGAUCCAAAAACAGGAGAGAUUUUUCUGAAAGGUGAAUUGGAUUUCGAGAGAACUGCUUCGUAUAGAAUUGAUAUCAGUGCCAAAGAUAAAGGUUCUCCGGAGAUGGAAGGGCAUUGUACUGUACAGAUAGAAAUAGCGGACGUAAACGACAACCCUCCCGAAAUUAUCCUUACCUCUCAACCAAGCCCAGUCCGCGAAGACGCGCCCAGUGGCACUACUGUUGCUUUAAUAAACGUACGCGAUCUUGAUUCCGGGGAAAACGGAAAAGUGUCUGUUCAAGUUCCCGAAGGCUCUUCAUUUAUGCUAAAUCCAUCUUUUUCUGAUCACUACGCGCUUGUUACCACUGCUGUGUUAGACCGCGAGAGCUUUCCAGAGUACAAUAUAGAAAUAACAGCCACUGAUUCAGGUUCUUCUCCCUUGUCUACAAAAAAAUCUAUACCAAUAACCAUUCUCGAUGUCAACGAUAACCCUCCGACAUUCAAAGAAUCUUCUUACCACGUGUAUGUGAAUGAGAAUAACGCUCCGGGGACAAUACUGUGUUCAGUAUCCGCUUCUGAUCUAGACCUAGGUGAGAAUGCCAAAAUAUCAUAUGCUAUCUUGGACUCCAAAGUCCAAGACGUGCCUGUCUCCUCGUAUAUUUAUAUUAACUCAGAUAACGGCAGCAUUUACAGCAUGCACUCAUUUGACUAUGAGAAACUGAAGGUGUUUCAGAUUCAGGUGCAGGCAAAAGAUCAAGGCUCUCCAUCUCUCAGCAGUAAGGCCACUGUUCAUGUUUUUAUCCUGGAUCAGAAUGACAACGCCCCCACGGUUAUUUACCCCUCUGCUGUUAUGGGUUCAAUCUCUCACCAGAAAAUACCCCGCUCUGCUAAAGCGGGACACCUCGUUACCAAGGUAACGGCAGUGGACGCUGACUCGGGGCACAACGCUUGGAUUUCGUAUAAAGUUGUGGAGGCUACAGACGCAUCUCUGUUUGGUGUGAAUCUUUACACAGGGGAGGUGAGGACUAAACGCGCUGUUUCAGAGCAGGAUGACGCGUCUCAGAGGCUGCUUUUAGAGAUCAAAGACAACGGGGAGCCGGUCCAGUCCACCACAGUCACAGUUGGCAUAUUGUUAGAGGACGGGGUUCACGAGCCCAUUUCGGACCUCCGACAGAAAGCGCAAGAACCCAGCAAGAAAAACAAUAGAAUCACAUUUUAUCUGAUCAUCUCUCUGGCCUCCGUCUCCGCUGUGUCUUUUGUGACUUUUGUGAUCUUAGCGGUGAAGUGCGUUCGAAACAGCAGAAGGGGGGCGUGUUGCUGUAUCAGACGGUCUGAUUCUGAUGGAUAUAAGAAUCCAAAUAGAAAUCUGCAGAUCCAGCUGAACACUGACGGGCCUAUUAAGUAUGUGGAGGUUCUGGGUGGGGACAUGAUGUCUCAGAGCCAGUCCUUCAGGUCCUGCUUGUCUCCAGUGUCAGAGUUCAGUGAUUUCACCUUCGUUAAGCCCAGCAGCACCUCUGACUUUAAGGAUAUGAUCAGUGUCCUCGACGCGUCUCUACCUGACAGCGCGUGGACUUUCGAGAGCCAACAGCAAAAACCCCCCAACACUGACUGGCGUUUCUCCCAGAACCAGAGACCUGGAACUAGUGGUCAGCACAAGUACAACACGACGCAGAUACGAUGGACGCCGUAUGGGAAAGCGAGGGCUGCCCCCCCACCCGAGGCCGCCGUAGGAACGGGACCGUGGCCCAACCCCCCCACCGAAGCCGAGCAGCUCCAGGCGCUGAUGGCCGCAGCUAACGAGGUGAGUGAGGCGACCGCCACCCUCGGACCAGGAACCAUGGGACUGAGCACCCGCUACAGCCCCCAGUUCACCCUGCAGCACGUGCCCGACUACCGCCAGAACGUCUACAUCCCCGGCAGCACCGCCACCCUGACGGCCAAUCAGCAGCAGCAGCAGCAGCAGCAGCAGCAGCCCCCCCAGCCCGCCCUCCCCCAGCCCCCCCCACAGGCCGAGGCCCCCAAGGCUGCCCAGACGCCCGCCAGCAAGAAGAAGUCCGCCAAGAAGGACAAGAAGUAAACGAGCAGCCGGCCUGGAUACCCGACCACGCCCCCCUGACAACCACGCCGCCGCCCUCGUCACACCUCCUCUUCUAAGAAUGCUACGCUUUCUCUUUCGUUUGCUUUUAAGUCUGAACGUUGCAAAGUGAUGACGUGGUGAGCAUACGUGUCUUUUUUUUUAAAAACUUUCUUGGGUUUUAAGCUUGUUUUUCCUCUAACAUAUUUUCAAAAACCUGUGUUAGUAGUGUGGAUAUAUCUUGCUGUCUGAAUAUAACACAAACUUGGUUAGCUUUUCGGUAUUGAUCCUUAAUUUUUCUGUAGGGGAUAAGGGGGGGUUGUUAAUGAUGAAAUAUUUGAUGUCUUUGAAUCCGGAUGGAUUCUUCAGAGGUGAAGUUCUAAAGAUGUAACUGAACAGUGAUUUUAAGGGCAGGGCUCUGCCCUUUAACAUAGUAUUAGAAUGGCUAUUAAUCAUUUUACUUAAUACGUGUGUCAUGUUGACUUUUUGUUUCUUCAAAAUGCAAAAUAGGCACUUCUAGUGGUGACAAGAAUGACACUAGUUUUGAGUUAAGUUUCUUAGAACAGCUUUGAUAAUCUUUGCAGUAGUUCUUAGAUACAGGCAGGUAAUUUUUGCAUGAGCCGUCCAUGAACUAGACGUAAGACCGCAGAAGUGAAACUAUGCAUCGCAUUCGGAGAACGCCUCCAGUCUUCUCCAAAACAAAUGGAAAUGCGUUUGUAGCAUUAACUUUUAGACGUAGCAAAAAAAAUUGGACUAUUCGAGUUCUGCAUUUUUAAUGGAAAAAUCAUAUGACUUUUUUUUUUUUCCUGCUUGUAUGACCAGCUCGAACUCAAGGUGCUCAGAGUAAAUUCGCCAACGUCAACGAGGCCAAGAUAUUAAGUCCAAUGUUUGUGCAGCGUUGUUCCACUGUGACGAGCUGGGAAUUCCAUGGUACGGUUUCGGGAAUUUUGUACCGGGUACCAUGGAAUUCCCAGACUCCCCGGUGGCACAGUGCUGUGUGGGUCCGUCCACUGGCACAUCUCUGCAGUGGGCGGGGCCUGUGAGUACACCCGGGUGGGCACACCUCUCCACAGAGGCAGCGUGGGAGUCCAGCGUUCUCCGCGAUCGCUUGCUGCAUGCGCCCCUGCCGACCCCGCCCCCAUUUCUCACCCGCUUAGAGAGUCCAAUCCUGAGAAUGCACUGUUUCCUCACCUCGCCCCACCCCACCCUCCCCUCCCCGUCCAACAAGCCUGCACUGCAUGAGCCGGCAGCUUCCUGAGUGUAGCCCCGCCCCUGAAGACACGGAGGGAGGGGUCAGGGGUCAGGGCGGGAGGUUGUGAAGAGGGGCCUGGGCACUGACUCACAGAUUCUUCCUGAAUGUACAGGAUGUGGUCAGUCCAGAGCUCAAGAGCUUCAGCUCGCAUUAAUGAAGAGCUUCAGGGUUGUAGAUGGGACAGGCACCACAUCAGACCUGGGUUCGAUCGCAAUCGAGUCAUAGCAUAGCUUCUAAUCUAAAAUAUGGCCACAUUAAUUGUAAUUCAACUGUAUCUUGGUAUUUGCAUUACUGAUUAUAGAGCUGUAGUUGAAACGUAGGUAGCAGUUCGUUUAACUCAUUGAUUGCUGGAUGUUAGUUGAAAUGCAUUUUGUUACUUAAGUAAAUGAUUAAUUUGCUGGAUUUCCAUUGAAAUGUAGUUACUUAUGUAACUGAUUGAUUGAUGGAUUGUAGUUGAACCCAGGUCAGAAGGUCCAUUGAUGCUGGAUCAGAACAAAUGCGCUGCUGGUAACAUAGACCUGUGGGUCUUAACUAUGAGCCAGGGUUACGAUGGUGAUAAGGGUUUAGUUACUUUCGGAAUUCUCCGGAAACCUCUCGUCAGUGGUGUGGCCCCUCUUGCUUGCUCAGCCUGUGCUAGGAGUUGCAGCAGACAGACAGUCUGUCCCUUCGCUGGUGAAGUCAGGGACGGUGAGACUGUGUGAUGGUGGAACAUCCCUUCCCCAGGAGUCUAGGACAGACGGGCUUUGAGCUUCUCAGGCUUCAGAUAUACAGAUCGAUGACUUACAGCUCCACUCCUACCACCAUUCUAGUACAUUAGAGCUGGAUAUUUCGGUCUCAGAUGAAGGUCACGCAGGGAGGUGAACCCACGAACUGGCAAGGCUUAGACCAAUAUUGAACCAGGGUAAGAGAGCCAAGGAAGAGGGAAAAAAAAAUUUCUUCACAAUAAAUGAAGGCAGUUUCUUAAUCUGCACUGACCCAAAAGCCCCUCCCGUCCAGUCCACUUCUGUAUUACCACUCUGUCCAAAUGUAAAUAAGACCCCGUCAUGUAUAAGAACCAGCUGUCUGUAUGGACCAUGUUUGAAACGAGAUUCAAAAUUAAAGCUACUUUCUUGUGGCUUACUACUGGAAUGUGUUGCAUAUUUUUCAGAAAAAAAGAAAACAAAGCAAAAAAAAAAGAGAUGUUCUUCAAAGUAAGUGUAGUCAUGUAGUAUGUAAGCACCAAGAUGGCUGACUAUUCCUGAGUGUAAAUAAAAGAUAACUUUAAAAAGAUAAACACAAACGUAGAGUAGGAACUUGUGAACUGUGUUUUUUCUGUUUUGUCACUCUGUGCUUAAAAGUAAAGGCAAAAAAUAAUAAUAAUACAGAAGUUUCUAUCCAUCUACCUUUUUUAUGUGUUUGUGAUUUCUCUUUCGUGCCUGUGCUGCUGGAAUGCUGUCAUAUAAAUCAGUAUAUCUCUGUCUGCUCAUGAAUUACACUUCUAUAUUCUGCUGUAAUAUCUUUCUUAUAAAAUAGAUCAGUGCUCCUGUGUUACACUAUUAUUUUAUAUGCUAAUAUUUAUAUUGCUGUUAUAUUUUCUCUUGUACACUGACAUUUCAAAUAAAAAGUUCUUCUGAAAUCAUGAA